GCUUUAGGAGCACCGAGUUAUCCCAGUAGAACUUGUUACGAGGGAGUUCCUUUCCGAAUCCUGGUCGCUGACGUACAUAUCUUGGCUUUGUUCGGAGGACCCGUCCAAAAUUGUGUAGACAAAUUACCGAGCAUUUUAAGACCAGUCACAAUUCGUCACAACUCCUUUGACUACUUAUAUUUGUCAGGAUUAAUUUGGUCCCGUAUAAAGCUAAGGCAUCAGCUGUGUACUACUUAUUUUUCACCUACACUGCUCAACUUCUGGAAUUUCGCUGUUAGAUGUUAACACCAGAGCUUUGUAGGAAGGGACUCAUCUUCCCCUCUUCUCUUAUCAAGUCAGCAAACUUGGCUAGAAUAAGUCACAGAGUACUGGUACAUUCAAACCUCUUCAGUCAAGCAAGUCCUUCAUUGAUUGGCACAAUGAUAUCAACACACUGAGGCCAUUAUGGACUUGGAUGCAUGAGGCGAUAAGAUUUCAGCAUCAGAGGCACAUUUAUUUCGUUAUGUCAACCUCCUGCACAGAAGAUGUCAACGCUGCCUGUGACUGAUAUCCCUGAUGUUGGUCAAGCUGAGAGUAAAGUUUGUGACGCGGCUGCGGAGCUGCAACUGGAUUGCAUAGUGGAGGAGAGCAAUGCCAGCAUCACAAUGAAGCAUGAAAGCUCGCUGUCUCUUGGUGACCUGUCCCAGACAGAUAACUUCCCCACCCCAUCUCAUAAUGGCCCUGUUUUCACUGGGAUGUGCAGCCCUUUGCCACUGGAACAGAGUGACACCAAGCCUGAUGUGGGUGACACAUCCACUGGCACAGAUGGUCAGCCAGUGAAGAGAAAAAAGGGUCCUGCCCCGAAGAUGCUAGGAAAUGAAGUGUGCAGUGUAUGCGGUGACAAGGCUUCUGGAUUCCACUAUAAUGUACUAAGCUGUGAGGGCUGCAAGGGUUUUUUUCGACGUAGUGUCAUUAAAAGUGCCCAGUACUCCUGCAAAAACAAUGGACGUUGUGAAAUGGACAUGUACAUGCGACGCAAAUGCCAGCAGUGCCGCCUGCGCAAGUGUCGUGAGGCAGGCAUGUUAGAACAGUGUGUGCUUUCUGAAGAGCAAAUUCGUCUAAAGAAGAUGAAGAAGCAACAGGAUGAGGAAACGGCCCGCUCAUCCACAGUGGUCACUCCGACUCCUCCUCAGGAAGUAGUUUUGUUGGAUCCACAGCAGCAGGCAAUGAUUGAGAAGCUGGUGGCCAUGCAGAAGCAAUGCAACAAGCGAUCAUUUCUUGAUCGACCAAAAGUGACACCAUGGCCACAGAAUCAGGAUCUACAGAACCGAGAAGUGCGUCAGCAGCGUUUCGCCCACUUCACUGAGCUGGCGAUCAUGUCAGUCCAGGAGAUUGUGGAUUUUGCUAAGCAGCUUCCUGGAUUUCUAGAACUCACAAGAGAAGACCAGAUUGCUCUGUUGAAGACUUCCACGAUAGAAAUAAUGCUGCUGGAGACAUCUCGUCGAUACAACCCUGCCAUUGACAGCAUUACAUUUCUGAAGGAUUUUAGCUAUAAUAAGGAGGAUUUUGCAAAAGCAGGCCUUCAGUUUGAGUUCAUUAAUCCCAUCUUUGAGUUUUCUAAAGGAAUGAAUGACUUGCAACUGGAUGAGGCUGAAUAUGCUCUGCUUAUUGCCAUCAACAUAUUUUCUGCAGAUCGGCCAAAUGUGCAGGAUCAUGAUCUCGUGGAGAGGCUGCAACAACCAUAUGUUGAUGCUUUGCGGUCUUACAUCACGAUAAAGAGACCAAAUGAUCACUUGAUGUUUCCACGCAUGCUGAUGAAGCUGGUGAGCCUUCGUACAUUGAGCAGUGUGCACUCUGAGCAGGUUUUUGCCCUUCGUCUUCAGGACAAGAAGCUUCCCCCACUGCUCUCUGAAAUCUGGGAUGUCACUGAGUGACAAGACUCCCAAUAUCACACUCCUUGGCAUAUUGAAUCUUGAGACAGACAUUGCUUCAGGCAAGGGCUGUAAACCUGUCUCAUCUGGUCAUGGACUACUUCCAGCAUUGUGCUGUUCGGCUUUUUGUGGGUGCAUCUUAAUGCUUUUUUUGCUGUCAGACUUUGAACAGGUUUUUUUUUUUCCCCAAAGGGUUCCCCUCCCCCCCUUAGAUCUGUUCAUCCUUUUUAUGGCUGUUGGCAUGAUUUUGCCAACAUGAAAUUUCAGCUCAUAAUUUUGAAUUAUUUUUCUGAUUCAACAUGUUAAAAAGCUGAGUGCAGUUCUAUUGUUUUAAUCUGAAUGCUCUUGCUAUUGCUUCAUGUCAUGAUUCCAGCUGUGUUUUCAAAUUAAUUUAUUCAUUAGUCUUGCCGUAGGUUAAUUGAAAAUUUGGUUAGGCUUGACCUUACACUGCCGUUUUUUGUCACACUGUACUUUUGCAUCAAAGUAUGGAAAAUUGCUGCAUACAUUUUGAUGAAGUCCAGUACAGAGAACAUAGUUGGUGUAGUUGCUCAGGUAAACUAAUGUGAAGUAGAUGCAUCCUUUAUUAGAUCACUUGAGUGCCCAAAGGGAUCCUUUUAUCAAUACUCAUGCACACAAAUUAUUUAUUUUCAUAAGAUAUGUGGAAGUGCACAAUAUCCACAAGAUUGUACAUUUAAAUACUAACCAUUAAUAAUAGCUAUCUCUAUUGUAAGAGGGAUCAAAGGCUUACAGUGGUCCCCACCCACUGAGCUGUGGACUGGUACCGGGCCGUGAAGAAUUUGUUACCAGGCUGGAGAAAAAGAAUGACCAAUUUAUAUAAUUUCUGUUGUUUUGCAAUUCGCUUGUCAGCGUGCUUUAUUCUGAAAAUUGACUUGCUGUUCUCCACCGCAACAGUUGGGCGUCUGAUUUAACAUGUCGACACUGCACAAAAUGCUUCCAUUUCCGGUCUCAGCCAGCUCCAACGCUUCUGUUUCUGGUUCACGCAGGCUGGCUAACAGCGGCAGAGCUCAAAGAACGAAAUCAUUUCAUAAACUAAUUCAACUCA